UCUUUUUGACCUGAUACAGUGUUUGACGAUGACAUCACUGAAGAUGUGCUGCCUCCUCCUGCCCCUCGCUGCUCUCCUCCUCCUCCUAACCAUUGUUCCCACGGUAACUGAAGUGGUCCGGUCGAUGUCUAACUGUCCAGGGUUUCUCCUCGACGAAACUCCACCAAAUGUCCCGGGAAUCUUGGAGAGAGGGAACAUCCUGGACCAGAACAGAUACAAACCCAUUUGCCAGACUUUUAAUAACAGGAAAAGUUUUGUGACGCUCUACGACACCACGAACAGGAUUCCAGUGUUUUCUGCUUACAAGUACGGAGAGGAGCAGGGUAGCAGACCUAGAGCCAUUUGGAAAAUAGAACCACAGCUUGAGGACAUUACUGACAUCAAGAGCAUGUGGGCGACUAUCUUCGAAAAGCAGGCUGUGUAUGAUGAUUACACCAACCGCAUCAACCAAACGUUCGACAAAGGGCAUCUGUUUCCAAGUUCUUAUGCAUUGACUGAAAAUGAUAAGCAAUCUACUUUUACCCUUACCAACAUUGUUCCACAAGAACCCACAUUCAAUCAGGGAAGCUGGGCGCGAAUGGAGAUCUGCAUCAAAUGUGUUCUGGAGAAGUACUGCAGCAACAGCAAUCGUGUUAAAGAAGGCUUUUUGGUAACUGGAGCACAUCCUGGCCAAAACAAAAUGAACAACAAGGUUAAUAUUCCUUCCAAGCUCUGGUCAGCAUUCUGCUGCUACAGUCAAAGUGAGGGUUGGCUAGCAAGUGCGCACUGGGGUGAAAACAUCCCCGAAACUGGAGUUAAACAUCUGUGGACUAAGACUUUGGCAGAUCUCCAGAAUGAGCUGGGAACAAAUUUUACAGUGUUUCCUGGAACAGAAUGUCCUCUCAACACAACUGUCAUUCACUUAUACCCAAACCUUAAAAAAAACUGUGAAUGCCCACCAACCAUUUCAACCACCAACAACGACACCUUCUCCUACAACUACUACCAUUCAAUCAAGCAGGAGGAUCUGGUUAAGGAGGAGGGGCUGGGCUAG